AAUCUCUUUUUCCCUCCAUUUUUGCCUGAACUCUCCAAAGUUCAUUUAACCAGUGCCAGACUGAACGUGUCAGCUCUCACACUUUGGCAACCCCUCCUCUGGGAUGAUUUCUUUUUCAUGUGCCGCCCACCGGGGCAAACAUAAACAAACACAUGCCGUCAUUUUUUUUAAAAAAGGCUUGGAUCCCACAGUCCGGCUUCUUGUGGCACCAGUCCCAUCGAGGGUCAUGGGACUUGUGGGCUGAUCUGAACUGGUUCCAAAGCUUCUUCCUCACCUUUGACCACUCUUUUUUGACCACGGAGCAUUGGGAUAGGCCGAGUCAGCUGAGGAGAACAGAGAAUUUGGCUUGCUGACUGAGAGAUGGUGAAUGCCUGGUUCGCUGAGCGAGUCCACUCCAUCCAGCCAUCUGCCUCCAAAGAGAAUCCUCCCCAGCAGCGGGUCCACCAGUCCUCCACAGACCCCUCCUCCAUCUCAAACAUCCUCCCACCUACACUCAGCCUCCUGGACAACCGCUGCCCGUCCCCCGCCACCGUCCCCAGCCCGGCCCCCGGCACCCCGACCCGCAAAAUCUCAGCAUCAGAGUUUGACCGCCCGCUCAGACCCAUUGUGGUCAAAGACUCGGAGGGCUCCCUGACGUUUCUGAGCGACGCUGACCGGGAGACUGUUCCUCUGAGGGGCUCGGUGAUGGGGGAGGGAGGGGGAGGUAAUGGGGGUGGGUGUGGUGGGGCGAGUAGCGGCAGUGAGGUAGACCGCUGCGCCCGGCUGCUGGAGCUGGUGAAGGAUGUGUCCAGUCAUCUGGAUGUGACAGCUCUGUGCCACAAGAUCUUCCUCCACAUCAACGAGCUGAUCGCUGCGGACCGCUACUCGCUGUUCCUGGUUGGCGAGGACAGCUCCAACAGGAAGUUCCUGGUCAGCCGCUUGUUCGACGUUGCGGAGGGUUCAACGCUGGAGGAGUCCUGCAGUAACUGCAUCCGCCUGGAGUGGAACAAAGGCGUUGUGGGACAUGUGGCCUCUACGGGACAGCCGCUCAACAUUAAGAACGCUUAUGAGGAUCCAAGGUUCAAUGCUGAGGUGGAUCAGAUCACCGGCUACAAAACCCAGAGUAUCCUCUGCCUUCCCAUCAAAAACCACAGAAAUGAGGUCGUCGGAGUUGCGCAGGCCAUCAAUAAAAAAUGUGGAGAGGAUGGUGCCUUCACUGACCAGGAUGAAAAGGACUUCUCUGCCUAUCUGGCUUUUUCAGGCAUCGUCCUGCACAACGCUCAGCUCUACGAGACGUCACAGCUGGAAAACCGGCGCAAUCAGGUGCUGCUGGAUUUGGCCAGUCUGAUCUUCGAGGAGCAGCAGUGUCUGGAGGUUUUACUGAGGAGGAUCGCAGGAACCAUCCUGUCUUUCAUGCAGGCCCAGGCAUGUACCGUCUUCAUCGCCGACGAAGACUGCAUGAACUCCUUCUCCAGUGUCUUUCACAUGGAAUACGAGGAGCUGUGUGAAGUCCUAGACCCCCCCAAAAGGGACUGUGACGUCAGUCAGAUUAACUACAUGUACGCUCAGUAUGUGAAAAACACCAUGCAGCCGCUCAACAUCGCAGACGUCACCAAAGACCAGCGAUUCCCCUGGACCGAUGAGAACCCCGAUCACACCAGCAACCAGAUCAAGAGUUUGCUCUGCACCCCCAUCAGGAACGGCAAGAAAGACAAAGUCAUAGGUGUGUGUCAGUUGGUGAAUAAGAUGGACGAGGCAUCAGGCAGCGUGAAGGCCUUCAACAGAAACGAUGAGCAGUUCCUGGAGGCGUUUGCCAUCUUCUGCGGCCUUGGGAUCCAGAACACACAGAUGUACGAAACCGUGGAGAGAGUCAGGGCCAAGCAGGAGGUCACUCUGGAGGUUUUGUCGUAUCACGCCACCGCAGCAGAGGAAGAAUCACGGGAACUCCAGGUAACCGCGGUAGCCACAGUGCCGUCAGCCCAGUCCUUACGUCUUCUGGAUUUCAGCUUCAGUGACUUUGAAUUGUCAGACACUGAAACCACGCUGGGAACAAUCCGGAUGUUCAUCGACCUCAACCUGGUCCAGAACUUUCAGAUGAAGUACACGAGUUUAUGUCAGUGGGUUCUGAGUGUGAAGAAGAACUACAGGAAGAGCGUGGCCUAUCACAACUGGAGACACGCCUUCAACACGGCUCAGAGCAUGUUUGCUCUGCUCAAGUCAGGACGCUUACAGAGCUACCUGAGCGAUCUGGAGGUUUUGGCUCUGAUGAUCGCCACACUGAGCCACGACCUGGACCACAGAGGGGUCAAUAACUCCUACAUACAGAGGAGCGACCACCCACUGGCCCAGCUCUACUGCCACUCCACCAUGGAGCAUCACCACUUCGACCACUGCCUCAUGAUCCUCAACAGCCCGGGAAACCAGAUCCUGAGCGGUCUCUCCCUGGACGAGUACAAAGCCACUCUGAAGAUGAUCGAGAGGGCUAUUCUGGCCACAGACCUGGCUCUGUACAUGAAGAGGCGGGGGGAGUUCUUCGAGCUCACCAAGAACAGCCAGUUUGUUUGGGAGGACGAGCACCACAGAGACCUGCUGAGGUCGAUGCUGAUGACUGCAUGUGACAUUUCAGCCAUCACCAAGCCCUGGCCAGUGCAAAAGAGGAUUGCUGAGCUGGUAGCCACUGAGUUCUUCGAGCAGGGGGAUAAGGAGCGACGAGAGCUCAACAUUGAGCCCAGCGACCUGAUGAAUCGUGAGAAAAGAGAUAAGAUUCCCAGCAUGCAAGUGUCCUUUAUUGAUGCCAUCUGCACUCAGUUAUAUGAGACUUUGGCAGGAAUGUCAGAGUACUGCUCCCCGCUGUUGGAGGGAUGUCAGAAGAACCGGCAGCAUUGGAAGCGUUUAGCCGAGGAAUGCGAGAAAGGGCUCGUCAACGGCUUGGUGUGAUCCCAACACCAGCUUAAAAAACAUAAAUGUCCGAGGUUCACCGUGUUUUGGAUGGUCUCACAAAAGUUCAUGAAAUACGCAUCACACAUUUAAGGUCAGAUAGCAGUCUUUGUACAUGGAAAGAGCACAAUUUUUUUAGAUCACAUACAAUUUAGAGGGUCUUGUUUUUGCAGGUUAAUCCGUCAUCAUUGUCUGUAUUUUAAAGGUUACUCUAGCCAAACAAUCAGGAAAUGUUGGGGCAAAUCGAAACAAUAUUUUGGUGGUUUCACAUUGGGGACGCAGGUCUGCAUCCAACCACACUAGACCCUCUUGUCGAGUUCAGGCAUCCAAAUCUGCUUGGAGAGGUGGUCUUGGGCAUGGUUUAUGCCCACUCGAGGGUGGACUGCAGGAGAUGUGAAGGCAACUAUGGCCCAGCACUGGGUACUCUUUAGUGAGAGGAGUUGUAAAGGCAGUGGACUCCAUAGUUAGCACAGAGCAUAAACGAAUGAUGGUAGCAUCUUCUUCCCUUUUUCUUGGUGGAUCUGCACCACCUACUGUGUCAAACCAAGCAUUUGUUAAUGGGAAUGGGCAUUUUAAUGAUGUGAAAGCAGAGCAGCAGGAGAAAUAGGAGGGGGAAGCCGUAUUACUCAUGUAAAAACUAAUAUCUUCAUUUGCAAGCUAACAAAAUAGAAGGCACAUAAAUAGAUUUAUAUAGAGUAGGAUUAUUAGAUGGGUAUAAAUAUUAGUCUCAGAAGUCAUGCUGAUUUCACUGAACAUUUGUGAGACUCGUCCUCACCGAUCUUUCACUCACCAGAGAAACUAUGAGUCAGCACUAAGCUAUAUUUAUUACCAUAGCUAUUUUUUAUUUUUGCACAGAGUGGCUUUCAACCUCAGUCUCACAUACACAAUAAAUACUCUCUCUCUCACUGUGGUGACAUUAAAGCGAACUCUGAGCGGUUCGAUGCGUGGAUCAGAUCGUCACAGUGGGAUAAAAUACCUAUAUAAACUUUAAUAGUGUCGCACUCUGAUAGUUUUAAUGUCCUUACACCACACUACAUACUACCAGAGUUUGUCUUUUGUACCAUUUUUCACUCAUUGUCUUAACUAUUGCAUAUUUAUUUUUGUUUUAUAUAUUUAUUAGAGUUUCUAUAUUGUACGGUCAGCCUUUUAUCAGGAGCACACGAGUCUUUAUAGACCAAAUGUAGUUUUCAUACUUUAUAAAGUCUCAUCUGCUAUUUGAAGGACCUUUCUUAGAAACAACAGUCAGAUGGCACUUUGAUUAAAAAUGUCAUGUAUUGUGUUUUUGUUUUAAAAUGUAAAGGAGCCAAAGACUAGGCCUGAGAGAAAAUGGGUCUAGAUUUUUCCACUGCCUUGUUGUGAUACGAUAGGACCAAUUCACAAUUAAAAAAAAAAAUCAAA